AUGUCGCGUAAUAAAGCGAGUGCCAGAAACGAAGAUGCGGAAUUAUCUGAUGGGGAUGACUAUGUUACCACCAUGUUUUUGAGCACGCUCACGCCAAAAUUCUAUGUCGCAUUGACGGGAACGUCUUCCCUGAUAUCCGGACUCAUACUGAUUUUUGAGUGGUGGUACUUCCGAAAGUACGGCACGUCGUUCAUUGAGCAAGUUUCCUUGAACCACUUGAGUCCUUGGCUUGGUGGUGGAGACAAUAAUUCUGCAGACGGAACUGGAACUGGUGGAAAUGGAGCGGGUGGUGCGAACGGAAAUAUAUCAGCCUCUGGCACUACUUCGAAUGGGACUGUGACUUCUAGUGGAGCGAAUGGUAGCGUGGGUAACGCUCAGUCCGCUGUCCCAGAGUGCAAAGUAUGGAGAAACCCUUUGAAUCUCUUACGUGGCUGCGAAUAUCAGCGCUUCUACUGGGCAACGAAAAAAGAACCGUUAACGUACUAUGACAUGAAUCUCAGUGCCCAGGAUCAUCAAACGUUUUUCACAUGCGAACUAGACGCUGGGAAACCGGAAUAUGAAAUCAUGCAAACAGCGUGGAGAGAAAGAAAUCCCAAAGCUCGCAUACGAGCUGCUAGAGAAGCGUUAGCGAAGAAUAGCGAAGUGGCUACUGCUUACAUUCUACUUGCUGAAGAGGAAGCACCUACCGUGCAGGAGGCUGAGAGACUCUUCAAGCUUGCAUGGAAAUCAGCAGAAGCAAAUUAUCGUAAAUCGCAGGCGCUACAUCAUUCAGCAAAAACAGAAGCUUUGCAUCGUCGUGACACAAAUGUAAUGGUGUACAUAAAGCGUCGGCUUGCCAUGUGCGCGAGGAAACUCGGCAAGUUGAAGGAAGCCGUGAAAAUGUUUCGUGACCUAACAAAAGAAGUACCAGCUAUCCUGAGUGUACUCAAUAUCCACGAGAACUUGAUCGAAGCCUUGCUUGAAAUGCAAGCGUAUGCUGAUGUUCAAGCGGUGCUCGCGAAAUAUGAUGACAUAUCGCUUCCGAAGUCAGCCACCAUUUGCUACACAGCUGCAUUACUUAAGGCACGAUCGGUUGCCGACAAAUUUUCGCCAGACACUGCCAGCAAGAAAGGUCUCACGCAAGCCGAGAUGCAAGCAGUCGAGGCUAUUCAUCGCGCUGUGGAGUUCAAUCCACACGUGCCGAAGUAUUUACUGGAGAUGAAAAGUCUGAUCUUACCCCCCGAGCAUUUGCUGAAGCGGGGAGACUCUGAAGCGAUUGCAUAUGCAUUCUUCCAUUUGCAACACUGGAAGCGUGUUGAAGGCGCUCUUAACUUACUGCAUUGUACUUGGGAGGGUACCUUCAGGAUGAUUCCUUAUCCAUUGGAGAAAGGACAUCUUUUUUAUCCAUAUCCCACGUGCACGGAGUGUGCGGAUAGAGAGCUUCUGCCCUCGUUUCAUGAAGUCAGCGUUUAUCCGAAAAAAGAAUUGCCGUUCCUCAUACUUUUCACGGCGGGGUUGUGUUCAUUCACGGCGCUUCUUACGCUACUCACCCACCAAUAUCCGGAGCCAAUGGGCAUCAUCGCACGCACUGCGUUGAGUUGGUUGUCCGUGCCAUUCAACUACCUACUGGACAAGAUGGAAGCGAUUUUACCAUCGAACCUGUUGCAGCAGUUGGCCAGGAUUUAAGCGGAGAAAAUUUUUUGAAGAACGAUGCUGCGUGACAUGAACUAAUUAAGCGUUUCGCGGGAUGUAGACGUUAGAAGAUGCGUACAUCGUCUGAAGUAUCGUUUCUUCUAUCACUGUGUACCCUGGAGGCUAUUGGUGUGGUAAUGAAUCGUAUAACUCCCAAGACUGGCUCAGAGGCGCUAAAUUGCUUCGUAGGAUUGUUGAGGAACCUGCAGGAAAAAAAAAAUCCCGCUUGAUCGCUACCCUUUCGAUCGGUUAUCUGUGGCUUGGAAUCUCGCUUGAGGAUAUCUCGAUGAGAGAUCUUCAAACUUCCGUAGCUUUCAUGUGUUUGAAAAGUAGAUUUCGGUGAGCUUUUUUGCAUUUUUUUCGUUGUCAACUCUUGGAGAAAAUCAGUCGGACCUUUAAACAAAUACUGUCGAAUGACCCGCUGUUGACGAAGACUAGGCCUAUGCUACAGUUUUGCCUCUCUAAAAAAAUCUGCUAUGUGUUCGACGAUUUCCGUUGGAGUUACGCGUCGCUUCUGCAUUUCUCGGGGAAAUUCAACUCAUAACCUGACGAUCCGUUUUUGUUCGAAAAAGUUCUGAAUGUAAUCGCGGUCGGGAUUCUAGAACGUUAGUUGAGCGGUAAUCCGCGGAUUCCCUUCAAAACGCCUUUGGAAAAAAUCAUUUUCAACUUUUUUGUCAUAGUUGAGAAGAUUGGUCUGCUUGCAUUUUUUGACUGGUCUUGUUGUUCCGUUUUUUUUUUUUUUUUUUAGAAACUUUUCUUCGCUUUGCGAGGAGACGGUUCGUGUUUUUUUAAAAAUUCGAUUCGCGUGUUGAGAAGAAAUUUUCGCGUGCCGGGAAAUGAUGCCUCGUUUUCUCAGUUUUUGGCGUGGCCGCGAAUGUCUUUUUUUUUUAAUACGCCGCUGAAGACUUCCGUUGUGAUUUUUGGACGUGGAAUUAAAACCGAGAAAUGGCACAAAA